AUGUCUCUCCUUAACAACCAGGACUUUACCAUCUACCAGCUGCGGGCAGGAUACCUCCACCAUAUCAAGGACGGCGUCGGCGAACGGCUCAUCACUCUCAACACAAACGUCUUGAACAACCCGGCCUUUCGCGCUGCUGGCUGGCAAGCGAACCCGGCAGACAUCAAGCGGACCUACUCCCCUCCCAUCCCGACCGCCAUAGCCUCCGAGUACUUCCAGGCUCCACAACGCUCCACCGCUCCCUCAUAUCCACUGCAUGAUGACGAUGAAGAAGGCGGAAUGGUCACUGGUCAAGGAAGCCAAGAUGCGAUCGCUGUCAACACACACAACAAGAGGCGCCGACGGAAAGAGCAAAUGGAAGAGGACGAUAGCAGUGAUCUGAGCGACGACAGCGACGAUGAGGAUGACAAGAGCGCCAUCUCGCAAAUAAAGUUCAGCAAGAUGCCCGUCCGUGUCAGAGCUGGCUCUUCUCCAACACACACCACUAGAGACGCUGGCCAUGUCUCGCAGAUCAUCACCUCCCCUUCACAACCCGCGGAUCCAGAAGCUGCGAGACGGGCAUCCCUGCCUUCAGUCUCCUUCACCAAGCAACGUCCGCGAAGAGACACGGCUACGAGCAGCGAGUUCUCAUCAGAAAACGAGACAGAUCCAGUCACUUUCCGCAAGCAGAGAGUCCAGCACCGCGCCGUUAAGCACGGCCAGAUGAUGCAGGACCGGAUCCAGGAAGAAGGUGAAGACGUCGAGUCAGAUAUUGAUCUUGGUGAGGCUUCGGACAUUUCCGACGACUUUGCUGGAACUGCUGGCUCCGAGUCUCUACUGGGCAUGGGUGCCCCUUUGAUCACUGUGGACACACUCGAGUCAACUCCUGGACAUGUGCCCAGUAUGCCGCCUGCCAUCACGCCAAACACAUCAGCCUCGCCAAAACGGAUGAAACAGAUGGUCCCUCCUCCAGACUUGCCAAGAUUACCCGCUGGCCGUCCUAUCAGCUACGUUCAGCCGGUCAGUCUACUGUCCAAGGCCCUGAAACACACUUCACAGAAAGCUGGCAACCCUCUCCAGCAGUUUGCUCAACUCUCUGGUAAAGGCGAAUCAACACCACUGUGGAUCAAAAUAUAUGCUCCUUUCUCGGAGAAGGCUUCGUCGCCUAUCCAAGUGCCGAUUCGCAAGAAUGCAAAAGAAGGCGUGCCCACCAUCGUUGCUGAGCUCAUUGGCCUGAGUCUGUGGCGAUAUGCUGAAGAGAAGAUUGAACCCCCGCUUGAAGGCAACGAUCUGAAUGUCAACCGCUGGACCCUACGUAUGGUCGAAGAUGAAGAAGUGGACUACGACUUCCCCGCUUUGACCCGCACGAAACCUCUUGGUGACUUUACUUCGAACAAUAAUCGGCCGCCUCGAGCCAGGGCAAGAGAUAAGCCAUGGGAUGAAUUCGGUCUCGUACGAGCGACUGAAGAGCAAUAUAGGGAGAACGAGGAGCUCACACCACAAUUCAGCGAGCCCACACCUCCCAACGCACCUAUCCUGGACCCAUCGCGAACGGGGACACCGCAACCUGCAAAUACGCAAAGGACUCUCUCAGAUAUACAAACCCUCGCACCUCCUGCAGCCCCUACUUAUAUUCCAAACGUCAACCCUAUCACGCCUUCCUUUGCUCCAAUGGCUAGGAAGAACUCGGCCAUUCCUCUCAUGGAUGCACCUGCCACGGCAGCGCCUCGCUCCACACCCAGGACUGGUUCCUCAAAGACAGUUACAAUUCACUACACCGAUCCGCACUCUUUCCAGACCACUUUACUACCCAUACCAACCACAUCCGACACAUAUCUGGCCGAGUUGUUUACGACAGCAUGUCAAAGACUCAACAUUGACAAGGCUCUCUAUGUCCUCAAGGUCCGUGGCACACAAACAGUAGCACCAGAAGACCGCACGGUCGAAGCACUGGGUCUAAGACUCGCCCUCGAUCUCGUACGCCGCCGCUUCGUCGGCGUCGGCGAUGGUCGCGGCAUGGUAAGCGCCGUAGGCAGCCCCGGCAGCGAAAGUCCCAACGCCCCUCUUCUCCUCGAAACCGCGACAGCCACAAAAGCAAAGUCCCGCAAACCUUUCAUGGGACUCCAAAGCGCAAAGUCCACCAACGACAUCAACGCCACCGCGCUCUGGGGUCUCGCCGGCGGAGCAGGAAAACGCUACCUCGUCAUCCGCCGCCAACCCCUAUCUUUCGCCCCCUCUCACCCACGUAUCCUCGCACUCGACGCAGAAUUCAUGCAUGUAAUGCCUGCAUCCUCCACAGAUCCUUUGAAUGCCAAUGCAGACCCAGCAAUGGCACCUCCGGGCGGUAAAACUACAAGUGUCCAUCUCAGCGGCAUCGUAGGGUGUAAAGUUAGUAGAAAACACCCAAAAGUCGUGAGAGUACUUGUUUAUCGCGAAAAGGAGACCAAGAGGUAUGAUUUUGAGGCGUCGACGAGGGAUGAGGCGGCGGAUAUUGCGGGGGAGAUCAAUAAAGGUAUGACGAGGUUUAAGGAUGAAGAGGAAUGA